AUGAUAUCAUUACAGAGAUCUCCUUCUACAAAUAGUACUACAACUGGUGUUUCAGAUAAUCAACAUCAUAGUAAUGGAUUUGAUCCUCACCAAUUACUACAAGCUGCUGUUGCAAGUAGUCAAAAUUUAAAUGUUGUUAAUACCUCAUCAUCCUCACAAACAAAUAUAAGUGGACCAAAAUUAAGUCCUGAAAAUCUUUAUUUAAUUUCAAAUAUUCAACAUCGUUUUAAUAAUCAUUUAAAUAGUUUGUCAACUCCUGAAGGACAGCGCUUUUUGGGAACUUUAUUAAUGGGUUCUCAUAUGAUGCCGCAGGCUCAUGGAGAUCUCAGUAAUAUACCUGCACCAAAUACAAGUCCCAAUUCAAGCCUUGUUCCAAAUAACAAUUUAUCAAAUGUUGUCAAUUCUAAUACCAUUCCCAAUACAAAUCUUUUAACUUUAGAAUUAGCUCUUAAUAAUAAUCAAUCGGUGCAUACUUUAUAUCAACAUAAUUUUUGUAUAUGGCCUGGUUGUAAUCAUCCAUGUGAAUCAUUAGCAGCAUUCUUAACUCAUCUUGCAUCAACACAUCGUACAGAUGAAAGUAAUAAUACACAUAUUAAAAAUCAAAUAGAACUUAUUGAAAAUUUAGAACAUAAAAUAACGAAAGAAAAACAAAUAUUACAUGCAAUGAUGAAUGUUAUUCAAUUAAAAUCAUCACUAACUGAUUCAAUUCCACAAUCAUUUAUAAAUAAUUUUCCAAAUCAAAAUGGCAGCAGUAUUAGAAGCAGCAAUAAUUCUAUUAAUGAAUCUCCUUUAAUAUCUCCUCAAUCUCAAAGCAAUGGCGAUACAUCGGGUAAUAAUGAUAAGACCGCUUUUUCCAUUACAUCACAACUUAACAAUAUUUCAAAUUAUUCAUUUGGUAAUGGAAAUUCAUCAUCAACAAAUGGAAUAUUAAAUUCAUCUAAUCAAGCUAUAAAAGAAGAAAGUAGGCAAACAUCUACACCAAGAAAAAGAGUUAGUGAUAAAAGUAUAUUGCCAAUGCAAGCAGAUAUUGAUAGAAAUCGAGAAUUUUAUAAAAAUAAUGAUGUAAGACCACCAUAUACCUAUGCAUCAUUAAUCCGUCAGGCAAUAUUGGAAUCAAAAGAGGGACAAUUAACAUUAAAUGAAAUUUAUCAAUGGUUUACUGAAACAUUUGCAUUUUUUAGACGAAAUGCUGCAACAUGGAAAAAUGCUGUUAGACAUAAUUUGUCACUUCAUAAAUGUUUUACAAGAAUUGAACAAAAUGUUAAAGGUGCUGUAUGGACAGUUGAUGAUCAAGAAUUUUAUAAAAGACGUCCACAAAGAACUAAUGGUGUAGGUUCUGGUAGUGUUAUUAAAAGUAAACCAUCUACACCUAAACCAGAAAAUUCUGUUACUGGAUCAGUUUUGGAAAUGGAAAAUAUUCAAAAAAUUUUAAAUGGUUCUCAAACAGAUUUGAAUUUUGAUGAUAUGAAUCCAUUAUGCAUACUUUCUAAUGCCGCAUUAAAAAUAAAUGCUUUGCAUGAUGAAUCACCACAAAAAGAAAUUGAAAAAUUAGUACUAUCACAAAAUGGGAAUAUGCCAAAAGUAGAUAUUAUUAGAAAAGUACCUAAAAGUAGGACACCAUUACCGUUAAUAUCUAAAAGUGAAAGUAAUGAGGAAUCUCGUCAAAUUGACAAUGUUUCCAUAUAA